AUGGCAGGGAGCCGUCUGCCCCGCGGCUCUCCCGCGGCUCUCCGCCAUCAGCCAACCUCCCCUCCCCCUCCCUACCGCGAGACACCUACCCACUCCCUCCCACUCCACUCCAUUCACAACUCAACCAUGGCCUCCCUCAGUCCCACCACCGUCCGCCAUCCGAACUCCUCGCCGCACUCCUCGCCUAAAGUAGAAAAGCCGCUCUCCGCCACCCCUGAUUUCGCAUCCAACGUCACCGACCUCUCCUCUGACCGCUCCGAUGACCUGGAGAACAAGGCCCUCAUCUCCCGAGUCCCCGACGUCUUCACCGCUCAUGCGGCCGACAGAUACACCUUGUUUCCCAUCCGCCACCCGGCCAUUUGGGAGCUGUACAAGAAGCAUCAGGCAGCCUUCUGGACGGCGGAGGAGAUUGACUUGUCCGCCGACAUGUCAGACUGGAACUCGCUCAUUAUUUUAAUCUCUGACGAGAUUGGUUACACCGCUAUAACAUUACGCUUUAUUGGAUUGUACUGCGUCAACCUGGUGGAGUCAGUAUUUUCGACCCGAAAUAUGAAAACUGGAAAGAAGAAAAGGCGCUCCCUGUUGUUGGACACAUACAUCAGAGACCCGGUGGAGAAGCAGCGAUUGUUCAGGGCCAUCGAAGAGAUUCCCUGUGUCGCUCGCAAGGCCGAUUGGGCCAUUCGCUGGAUUUCCUCACAGGGCUCGUUCGCAGAGCGACUCGUGGCCUUUGCCGCCGUGGAGGGCAUUUUCUUCUCGGGCUCUUUUUGCGCCAUUUUCUACCUCAAGAAGCGUGGCUUGAUGCCGGGCCUCACCUUCUCUAACGAACUCAUCUCUCGUGACGAAGGGUUGCAUUGCGACCACGCCUGUCUGCUCUAUUCGAUGAUUCCCAAGGAGCAGCAGCUGUCCGAGCAGCGCAUCCACGAGAUCAUUUGUGACGCCGUCGAGUGCGAAAAGGAGUUUGUGUCCGAGUCGCUGCCUGUCGAUUUGAUCGGCAUGAACUCGGAGAUGAUGAAGGAGUACAUUUCAUACUGCGCCGAUCGCUUGUUGCUGUCGCUUGGAUAUUCUAAGGUUUACGGGGCAAGCCAGCCGUUUGACUGGAUGGAGCUUAUCUCGAUUCAGGGUAAGACCAACUUUUUUGAGCGGCGGGUAGGAGAGUAUCAGAAAGCCGGCGUUACCGCCGUUCCCCUCGCCCUCUUUCGCUCCACAGCUGCUACCCGACACCGCCGACCAUUCACCUCUCCGUCUCGCUUCUGUGCGGCCGCCCGUACAUCCCAGGGAAGCACUCCACCUACCAUGUCCGUGCCCAGUGUCGCGUCGCCCGCUCAAGAGAUUUCAGGUCCAACCUGGCAGCUCGAGUACACCGCCCUGGAUGACCGCACUCUGCUCGACGAUCUUGCCAUCGCGAAACGCGACAUGGACGAAAUGGAACGCACGGGCUCUACCCUGGCCGAUCUAGUACCUCUCGCCAGAGAGCUUACGGACGACCAGAUCACUCAGCAUGACAUCCGAGCCAAGCUGUUGGCGAUGUUUCGCAGCUACUGGAACGCCGUCGUCUUGCUGAGAAAUGUUAGCACAUACGCGAGCUGCGUUGCCUCUGUCGACGGAACAAAUGCAGAGGCAAAGAAACUCGCCGGCCAGAUUCAGGUCCUGUUUGCGCGUGCCCGCACGGCCUACGAGCCGGCUGCUUUGAUACUGGACUUGUGCCCCGACGCGCUUUUCAACGACUUUUUGGCCGCGAACGAGGAGACGCGCGCUGCCGAGUUUCUGUUGUCUCAUUCAAGAAAGAUGGCGCGCCAUCGCUUGUCCCUGCAGGAAGAGAAUAUGGUCACAAAACUGUCCGUGACAGGGCACUCUGCGUGGGGAAGUCUUUACACGGACCUGUCUACGGUGCUGCCUGUGAAUGUGCGGGAUGCAGAUGGAUCUGUCAAGGAGAUGGGCAUUGCAAGUGCGGAGGCCAUGCGCGAUAGCCCAGACGAGGAGGUUCGGCGCGCUUCGUGGGAGGGGAUCCGCGAAGCAUGGCUUCCGCACCAAGAAACGUGUGCUGCCGUGCUGAAUGCGAUCACGGGGUGGAGAUUGGACAUGUACGAAAAACGCAAGUUUGAUUCGUUCCUGACGUCGUCAUUGCACAGCAAUAGAAUGUCGAACGCGACGCUAGCUGCCUUGCUAAAGUCGUUGGAUUCGAGCGUGGAGGUGGGUCGUCGAGCUCUGGCGAUUCAGGCCAAAGUUCUGAAGAAGGAUGCGCUCGAGCCAUGGGAUUUAUUUGCCCCAGCGCCUUUGGCGGGUACUCACACCGGAAAAAUGUAUACGUUUGAUGAGGGGAUUGAACUUAUCGCUGAUGCUGUAGGGGCGGUGGAUGAGUCGGCGGGAAAGUUUGUUCGCAUUAUGAAAGAAAACGGAUGGAUUGAAGCAUCAAGAGGCGAUAAGAAAAGACCUGGGGCGUAUUGCACGGGCUUUGCGAAGAGCCGAACACCAAGGGUCUACCUGAGCGAUUACAACGGACGCGCACAGCUUUUGCUGACCCUGAGUCACGAGCUUGGGCAUGCGUUCCACACAUGGCAGAUGCGAGACUUGCCAGAAACCCAGCUCUCUUAUCCUAUGAAUUUGGCAGAAACGGCUAGCAUCUUUUUCGAAACAGUCGUCGGUAACGCGCUGCUGGAGAAGGCAGAGACUUUGGAAGAAAAGUUUAGUAUCCUGUGGGGCGAGGCUGAGAGCGCAGCAACGUUUCUGUUGAAUAUUCCUGCUCGAUUUAGGUUCGAAGAAGAGUUGAACAUUCGUCGAAAGGAUGGCAAGCUUGCUGUAUCUGAAAUAGAUGAGAUGAUGAUCAACGCGUGGGAGAGGUACUACGGAGAUGCGCUCAGUUCCAAAGAGAGGGUGGGCGUGUUUUCCCAGAGCAAGUUGCACUUUUACCUAACAGGAAUUUCUUUCUACAAUUGGCCAUACAGCUUUGGGUAUCUCUUUGCGCUCGGGGUUUACGCCGAAUACGAGCGCACAGAAGACCCAAAACUGUUUCCUCGCAUAUACAGUGAUUUGCUGAGGGACACAGGGCGGAUGAACGCCGAAGCCGUUGUCCAGAAACAUCUCCAUAGCCGUAUUGACGAAGACCAGUUUUGGCUUAACGCAAUUGCGGUGGCAGAGCGGAAGCUCAUCCAGUUGGAAGAGGUUGCUUCAAAGCUGCACUCACAAUAAAACAUGAACAAGGCCCACCGUACGUAAAGUAAAGUGUCUGUAGAGUGUGUAGUAAAAACGGGACUCGAGAGCUUUCACACGGA